AUGCGCGUCAGCUCUGGAUGCGCUGCCGUCCGUCGCAAUGCACGACGUGAUUGGGGACGCCGUCUGCCGAAAGCGCGAGAUUGGGAUGACCGAUGUUCCAAUAUGGCAUCAUCCAGCAACGUCAGAUUGCCACUGCGCUCCGCGUUGGUUCGUCGUGUUCCUGAGGUCCACUCUCUCUCUCCGUCUCUCUCUUUCACCCGUAAACUCCCAGGCGUCGAGCGAGUGAGGGGUAAGACGAGAAAAGGCAUGGCAUCGAAUCCUCCCCCUCCAAGCGAUUACCUAGCAUUGCAGACUCAGCCUGAAAUGGACGUAGUUGAGCCUCCAAGAUUUGAACGGGACUGGGGAGGAAGCGGAAAAUGCUACUCUCUCCACCCAGCCCUACUACCUUCGAGGCCCCGUCUCCAAAUCUCAAAUCAAAUCACAGCGCAGGAAAAAGACAUUGUAGUGCUGAUGCGAAGCAAAUGGGCGUGGGGUGGGUUUGGGAUUUUGGGGUUUCAUUUGAUCCGGAAGGAAAGUCGCGUUGGCGCGUUUAAUUGGGCGAGGCCCGGAGAUGCGCGCGUUGAGCAUUGA